UAAGGCAUGCGCCGGAGCUACGGUUUGUGUUUGUUUCGAGACGUGUUUACGUGUGAAAUUGGGAACGGAAUGAUACCGAAUCACAUUUGACAGUCAUUACAUAUACAAUAUAACCCCGCUCCCUUCAUGCAAGAGCGCCCAAAAACCUACGAAGAGUGGCUCCUAAAUACAUACGUAGAUCAGAUGGCCAACCAACACACAAGCCAAGCGCUUUCGUGGCGGAGGUUAUAUCUGAGCCGGGCCAAACUGAAGGCCUCCAGUCGCACAUCGGCCCUGUUAUCCGGCUUUGCGAUGGUAGCCAUGGUUGAAGUCCAGAUCGACCCCUCCAACGGGCAAAAAAUCCCGGACUUCGUCCUCGUCAUCUUCGGCAUCUGUACGACACUGCUAGUCACCGUCCACCUCAUGGCGCUCAUGAUCAGCACGUGCAUUCUCCCGAACAUCGAGGCGGUGAGCAACGUCCACAACGUAAACGCCGUGCAGGAGUCUCCCCACGAGAAGAUGCGAUGGUCCAUCGAAGUGGCAUGGGUGUGCUCUACAGGACUGGGGAUUCUCCUCUUCCUGGCCGAGAUCGCCAUCUUGUCCUGGGUAAAGUUCCUCAACGUCAGUAAGAACGCUGCCAUCGCCUCCACCGUCAUUGUCAUCCCCGCGGGGAUUCUGUUCAUCGCGUUCUCAUUGGUGUUCUACAAGAAACUCAUAGCCCAUAAGUACGAGAGACAUUCAGAAGGGUUGCGGGAGAUAGAGACUUUAGCUACGGCCUUGGAUACCUCGGACUUGAACAAUGUAUAGAGAGGUUGGUCUGAAGAAAAUUGUGAAUUUCAUCGUUUUAUCGAAUCCAGUCCCUGAUUCUUGUUGGGGAACUCUUUUCAGCAUUUAUUUUGUUGUUUUUAUUAUUAUUAUAGUGCACCCUCGAUUGUCCAGUGUAUCAUAUCUCAUAUUGGUAAAUACCCAGGACAAAUUCGCCCCAUAGCUUCGUUUGGGAAAGGACCUGCCAACUCUAUCACUCCCAUUUCUAACUUACAUUAGCACAGAAUUUCCCUCGCUUGUGAGAGUCGUUUGAUUGGACGGCUACUUAUAGCGUCGUGCUACUGGAAUCGGGUUCAAAACGAAGCAGUGGUAAUAUAUGGGUCCAGGGUAUAUAUCAGUAUAGAGGAGAGAUAUACUACCCAGGAUUAUCGAGGAUGAUCAAAGUGUGGCUGUGGCAGUGUGCGAUAUGGAGCCAAUUGUGUUGUCAAACAACCAGGGCAUGAGAAACGGCUGAUGAUAUUGAUAUUGCCUUGCUGGAUCAUUGUGAUAAUUACAUAUUCAUAUAUAUAAAUCAACAUCGUUGAGACGUAUAUUCUGAGCGACAGUUUAGCUCGGUGCGUGGUUGGACAAAUUCUGGACUCAUAGUGAAAGGCUCCUUCACGACAAUCAGUUUCUCAUUCACGGCAAUAAGGGUCGUAGCUCUGACUUAAACAGUAUGCCGCUGUAUAUCAUUUUAGGGUACGUGUCAAAUUUGCAAAUAUGUCUUAAACUUAAUCAUUUAAAAGGAAAAUGACUCCUUGAAAGUAUGUUAUUGCAAAAUAUUUACUGGUGGAUCCGUAAACCGAAAAAAAACCCAUAACGUACAUUCAAAUACACAGAACAGGUUUCACCCGUGCACGUGGGAAUCAAUCUGGUGCUCGCACCCAACCAGGUGGGGUCGGGUAGCCUAGUGGUAAACAUUAUUGUGUGUCAAACGGAUUUCUGUUGCCCCCUGCCAAUAUGUUGCUGGAAUGUUGCUAAAAGCGGCGAGGCGAUUGACGGGGUCGGGUGGUCAGACUCGCUGACUUGGUUGAUGCAUGUCAUCGUAUCCCAAUUGCGUGGAUCGAUGCUCAUGAAGUCAAUCAUUAGAUUAUCUGGUCCAGAUACGAUUAUUUACAGACCGCCGUCAUAUAGCUGGAAUAUUGCUGAGUGCGGCGUUAAACGACAAACAAACAAAAGCCAAAAGCAGAGCGGAAAAGUAUUUUGACUCAACUCGCUUCAACCACUAAGCUACACCCCCCCCACCCCCGGCGAAACACACACGCACCGAGCGAGAGCAACACGGGGAAACCGAUCGGUAAAGAUAAAAUAUUUCACUUCUAAUUGCGAUCCACCUUUUCCAAAUUCACAAUGACUUAUCAACGUGGUGCUGUUAGUUCGGAGUUGUGGGAACUCGAAUCAUGUUACAAAUCUGUGAUGGUGACGUCAAGGUCGAAUUGAGCGAGGGAGACUUUCCCUUCCGUUUGCCUGUCAGCGUCACGUGACGCUAUUAAUGUUUGACGUUAUUCAUGUACCCAUGAUGUAGCUGACAAAUUAGCUAUCUGUUUUUGUACCGACCAUACAGGGGUCGUCUCAAAAUCUGUAUUGGUCUUUAUUUAACAUGCGCUUUUAGUAUUUAAUCUAUAAGCUUCUGUUGUUCGUGAUUUGAUGGAAUCCUUGUUUUGAUAGAUGUACAGUUCUUUGUACAUGAAAUGGUACUUGGUACCACUGCGGUGCAGUCUUUGUCCUGCAGACAGCUUCACGGAUUCUUUGACUGCAGCAAGUACUGUAACAACUCGUGUACGGCGCAAUCAAAAUACACUUUUGUUCUAAUGGGUUUGUACGGAGAGAGAAAAAAUCAAAACCAUGUGCUCGAUUGUAAAAGAACAAAUAAGAAACUAAAUAAAAGAAUGGUCGACAGGAUUAAAUAUAAACAAGUUAAAUGCAAGCGUGUCAGCGUUUCUUCCUUGUCGGUUUAUGAUGAAAGAAAACAGACAGUUCUUCGCCACCAAAAAUGAGGAGCUUGUCUUUUCUUUGGAAAGAGACAAUUCACAUAUGUGACUCUUCGGUCCGCGGGUCUGUCGUAAUUAGGGCCGAGAUAAGCCCCGCAGCCUAAUCUUAGGACCACAUGAUUCUUUCAUAUUACUAUGGGUGAUAUUAAGUUAAUAUUAACCAAAGUUAUGAUAAAAUGUGUGAUCCUUAUCUUUUGUUGCGUAAUACAUCAUCAAGAAAUACACAAUUCUGAAAAUUUCGUCAGUCGUUAUGUAUACCUGGAAUAUGUGUUAUAUUUAUUUGGAGUGUGGUCUGCUGGCAAUAUUGACAAUCUCUUGGUGACAUAUAUAUGCGGUAUGUUAUCUAAAAGCAGCAUGUUACAUUGUAUCGACCUCUCGUUGUAUAACACUACAUAACCACUUAUGGAAUAUCAUAAUAGAUGCAAGAGAGUGAAGACUCCACACCAAGGAUGAAAUCAAUGACUGGGUGACUGCCUAGCAAUGUGGAGUUACGUAUCGAUGCGCACACCACCAAAGUACCCAUGUCACAAAACCAGUUUAAAGGGCGAGUAAUGUCACCACAGUAUCUUUACGGAGUAUAAUACCUAUAAAGGCAUUCUUAGUAACAAAUGCUUGACCAAAACUAUAUUUGAAAAAGGGUAAUAGCGUAAACAGACGAUAAAAAUGACAAUACAAGGGGAAUAACCUUAGUGGGGUUAAAACGGGUUCCCUGUGAUUGACGCGCUGUGCAACGAUCAUGACGAUCGGGUCGACGCCCAGUCUGCCUGCUUCCGCCACACAUUUUGUAAUACAUUAUGCUGCUCAUCCAUUUGAUUCCACAACUUAUGUCACCUUAGUAACAACACUGAAGUUGCCUUCAGUUGUUUACUCGGGAGAUUAUUCCCCGACAGGUACUUAUUGUGUGGAAUAGGGCCGAGGGCAGCUGGUGUUUUAAUUCCCAAAUUGGAUGUUAGUAAUAAAACGACCCGUGAAGAUCCGGGGUAGAAUAGGUCUUCAGCAACCCAUGCUUGCCGUGGAUCGAUGCUCGUGAUGUCAAUCAAUGGAUUGUCUGGUCCAUACUCGAUUAUUUAAAGACCGCCGUCAUAUAGCUGAAAUAUUGCUGUGUACAGUUAAACAACAAACAAAAAAAGUAAUAAAACGCAAGGUACCGAUCAAAGGUCGUUGCACAGAUUCAACAAUGCAAUGUUGUUAUGUUUGUAGGAUAACAGAAAAUGCAGAAACAGUAUAUGUAUAAACAUAACAGCCAAUGAAAACAGAUGUUACCGCUGCGCCGGUAGCUUGAGACCACCACCCCGAAAAAAGUUUGUUUUCGAAGCCGAUAUUGAAUAUUAUGACUUUCUCUCUCUCCCGGAAAUGUCAACAGUAUCUAGGAAAGUUGAUAAUCGCAACAACAUCGCAAUGACGUUGUAACUUUACUGGCCCUUUAACGAGUAUGUCAUUCCGUCUAUGUUUUGGAGAUUUCCCAACAUCGUGAGAUCCUUCUUUUAAAGGCGUAUAUCAAACGUUAUUGCCGGAGCGUGUAUUUCCCGUUUCGUUGUUUCGUUCUUUUUCACCAUACAUGUCACACAGUAUUAUUUUUUGUAAUGUUUUCAACUUGAAACUGUUUCUACUGUUCGAACUUUAAAUAUUUGCGUCAAGGGCUGUGGGGUAGCCUAGUGGUUAAAAGCGUUCGCUCAUCACGCCGAAGACCUGGUUCGAUUCCCAAAUGGGUACAAUGUGUGAAGCCCAUUUCUUGUGUCCCCCGCCAUGAUAUUGCUGGGAUAUUGCUAAAAGCGGCGUAAAACAAUACUCACUCACUCGUCUUGAGUGACACACGAUCAGCCCUACGUACUCCAUACUUAUUUUAGUGGCUCUUGUCCGUGACAAGCACGUGGUGCUAGGUGACUCUGAACUCAAGGUGUCAAUACUGUUCGUAUACAGAAUCAUUCUAUUUCGUAAUGACACAAAACGUGUUUGUUUCAUAAACAAAUAUGGCAAGACGCGGGAAGAUGCAGGUAUUCAGGGCUGAAUGGUUUCCGAGGUAGGUUGAUCGUUUACCUCAGCACACCUUUUGUAGACGAGUAGGAAACGUUUUGUCCUUACCAGACACCUUACGCAUCUCAAGAUGUGUAUAGUUUCAAAACUAUAUUAUUCUCUUGACAAACAAAACUCAAUGCAUUUGCACUCCCCGCCCUAUAUGUGGGCGGUGCAAACCGACUUCCUUCAAGCAUACAUCUGUGGAAUACUUAAUGGGCGGCCACCGGUACAAGAUUCCCUGUGUGAAGGAUGCUUUGACAUUUGACCCGUUAAAUGGUUAAUCCGGACAAUACCAUUUUCAGUUAUGUAACUGGUCCGGAUUAACGAGUCGUUGCGGGGUAAUGUUCCUGGUCUAUUUUUAGACGUUUAUUACAGCGUCGUGGGGUUUCAACAUAUUGUAACUUUAGACGCGACAUCGACUCAAUGUACUUAGCUAAACUCCCGCCUACGUGAAGAACCGCUCACCCGUGGUCACUGGAGCAGGGAAUCUAAAUCGUCAAGUGUUUAAUCGUUUCUUAUGAAACUAACCACUAUAGUCUUUUGUUUCUCGCAUUAGUCUGGUUACCAUGAUAAGCGGCAGAUUGUAGCCCUUACGACGUGCUCGUGCAUGACUUCUGCGCAUCGGAAGGGAACUUUUUUUGUCUGGGAUCUUAAUGGUAGACGAUAUUUAGUAUCCGCAAUGAAACUAUUUAAAGAUUUAUUUUUGGAAAUGUUUUAAUGUACAAUAGAAAAAGAACCAAGAGGAUUUCUUUCUUUUCGGAAACGGACAGUGAAGAAAUCUAGACUUGCCAAAGUAGUCUACUCGUCUUGCUUGGGGAAAUUGGGAUAUAUUUUUUCAGUCAGUAUGAGAGACAAAAGGGCGGGUAACUCUUAGCACAUUAAAAUGACACCACCACACCCAUUACAGUGACAUUUAGUGUGAAAUUUUAAAGGUUUAAGAAAUGUAUGUGUCAUUGUCUGGUCCAUGUUGUUAAAUGUAAGCCAUGUAAGUGACUAAACAGUAUUUAUUAAUAACAUAACCAGAGGGUUAUUUUUUAUUUGAAAGUUUCAGACGCCAAUAAUUUCUCCGUAAUAACCCAAAGCUUGUGUUGUUUAUUUCCACCAAAAAACUGCUCGCAUUCUUUCAGCUCCCUGUCUUACCACUUGACUACUGGUGAUUUUGUUUGAAUUUUCAGGUAUUUGUACUGUAUACAAUUCCCAUUGAUACAACAUGUAUAUUUUUAUAUUACUCUUGUUAUUGUUACCGUUGUUCAUUGUGCUAAUUGUUCAGAAGACUUCAAUAAAAACUAUUACCUCAAAA